GCUGAGAUUCUUUUCCACUCAAGCCCCCUCCUCCGCUCACUCUCUUGUUCUCUUGUCACCACCUUCUCUCUACCCCUUCCCCUUCCCCGCCUCGCGAGACCUGUAUUUCUCGUUUUCCAAGUUGAUCCACUGGCCGAGCCCUUGUAUAAUUUCACCAUUGUCCUUGGUUUUCUCAAACCUUUCGGUUUGGGUGGUGUUUAUUUCAUUCCACCAUCCUCACCUUGUACCCGAGGCGGCUCGAGGCCUUCUCAACGGUUCUUUCUUCUUCCGCUUUCCUUUCCAUUACUCCCUCGAAUCCACUUUCCCCUACGCACCUUAGUCAACAAAGUGCACACACGCUAAAACAGCGCACAUGUCUUCUAUGGACAUCGAUUCCGGACCCCCAGUACCCCCGGGAGGACUGAGAACAUCUCCAUCUCCAUCUCCAGCCCCAGAGACCCUAGCCAAGAUCAACGGCAUAAAUGGUACACACUCGCUUCCCCCAGAUCCACCGAGGGAAGAGCCCAACGGGGAAGAAUACAAGCAGGCCGGCAACAAGUUCUUCAAACAAAAGGAGUACGGAAGGGCUGUCGAGCAAUAUUCUAAAGCCAUAGAGAAGGAGCCCGAGAAUGCAACCUUCUUAUCUAAUCGUGCGGCUGCCUACAUGUCAGCGGGAAAGUUUAACCUCGCUCUGGAUGAUUGCGUACAGGCCGAUCGUUACGCCCCGGAUAACGCGAAAACAUUGUUGAGAAUGGCGAGAAUCCAGGUGGCCUUGGGGAGGCCGGAGGACGCUCUGGAGACUUAUGGCAGGAUGAACCCCCCAGCUAGCAGCAAGGACAAGGUUCCCGCAAUUCAGAUGAGGCAGCAUAUCAAGACUGCCGAGUCUUCGGUGGCUAACGGUACUGCGAGCUCCAUGACGCUGUUCGCUAUUCACCAGGCGGAGGAUCUACUGGGUGCUGGCGUCGAGCCCCCGAAGAAGUGGAAACUCCUUCGGGGGGAAGCAAAUCUCAGGAUGAACACUCCGAAUUCAUUGGGGGAAGCUCAGAACGUUGCAAUGUCUCUUCUUAGGCAGAAUGCACAGGAUCCCGAUGCCUUAGUUCUCAGGGGCCGAAUUUUGUAUGCUCAGGGUGAAAAUCAGAAGGCUGCUCUUCAUUUUCACGAAGCUCUCAGAUGCGAUCCCGAUAUGAAGCAGGCUAGAAUAUACUUGAAGCGGGCACGGGAGCUUGAGAGGAAGAAGGAAGCCGGAAACGAGGCGUUCAAGAAGGGUGAUUACAAGGUUGCCAGGGAGCUCUACUCCGAAGCUUUGGCUGUUGACCCUUCGAAUAAAGGGACCAACGCCAAGCUGUACCAGAAUCGUGCUGUUGCUAACACUAAGGUUUGUCCUCUUAUUACCCCGACAAAUGGAUACCGGACUAAAAGUAACUUGCCAGCUUCAAAAUUGGGAAGAAGCUCUCUCGGACUCUGAUGAGGCUGUUAAGCUUGAUUCGACUUACACCAAGGCCCGCAAGACCCGGGCAAAGGCUCUAGGACAGAUGGGCAACUGGGAAGAGGCGGUUCGCGAGCUCAAGUCAGUAGCCGAUGCCAACCCAGGAGAUGGUAGCAUCCGAAAAGAGAUCAAGGAAGCCGAGCUGGAACUGAAGAAGAGCAAGAGGAAGGAUUAUUACAAGAUUCUUGGUGUGGAUAAGUCAGCUACCGACACAGAAAUCAAGAAGGCAUACCGGAAGAUGGCCAUGUUACACCAUCCCGAUAAGAACCCCGAUAACGAAUCUGCGGCCGAAAAGUUCAAAGGUAUGUCGCCGUAGUCACGUGAUCGGCGCAACUGUCAUGCAUUAGACCUAGCACAAAGCUCACACUGACCCGAACGAUUGUCCUAUAGAUGUCGGUGAGGCGUAUGAGACUUUGUCGGAUGCACAGAAACGUGAGAUGUAUGAUUCUGGCGUUGACCUGCAAGAUGAUGAUGUUUUCAACGGCGGUGGAAUGAACCCGGGGAUGGGUGGUGCAGUGAAUAUUGAUCCUAGUAAGUUACCCAACACCUGGUUGAUUACUUGUUUUGUCUGCCCCAGCUGAUAUUUUUUGCCUUUAGACCUAUUUUUCAACAUGAUGGGUAACAUGGGAGGCGGCGGCGGCUUCCCGGGCGGCUUUCCAGGUGGCUUUCCAGGCGGCUUCCCAAGCAGCGCAGGAGGAGGAGGAGGAGGAGGAGGAGGAGGAGGAAGAAGAGGGCCACGAGGCCCCCAAGGUUUCCCGAAUUCGUUCACAUUUUAAAGCAAAAGGAUGGAGUCUAGACUAUUGCGGUGCAGGGCAAUUUGCAUGGAACAAUUGGUGUUCUCACUGGAGUUCAAAGAACGUUCCGUGAAUACUGAACGGGACUUGUUUUUAUUUAUUCAUAACUCUCUUCCUCUCCCUUUACGGUUUCUUAAUGUCUUUCAAAUAUGAUCCCGCUAUCGAGUCUUAGGUGGCCCUAGUUUUUCUCCCUAUAUUACCCUUUUUUUCUUUCUUUUUGCUGUCCGUUCAUCAUCCUCAUCCUUCUUUCUUGCUCUGCCUUGUUGUCUCUCUUCUCUAGGUCCCUUAUCUACUGACCUUCUCUUUAGCCAUUGUGUGUUCAGCAUUUUUUUCCCUCUUCGUUUCUUUUUCUCGUGUCUCCAUAAGGUGUUCUUUUUUGAUAUAAACAUUGGGGGGUUGCUAAGAUUGGUUGGUCUGGUGCCGGUAUGACAGCUACGUUAAAUGGGGUUAAAACGUAAAAAAACCAGGGAAAAGCGGUCAGUAUGUGAACUUUGUUGUCGACAGGCUAUGGUAUUCAGAAGGCUGGCCCUUCCCUUCAUACUAAAAUAAUAUUACUUGUAUGAUAUUAUACAAGAUUUAAUAGCGAUGGGUAAAUGUGAGUUGAGUUCCGACUGACCAACCGAAGAGCAACCUAGUUUCUCACGUAACCUGUGAUCCCGUCAAUUCAAAUUUCCCCUUUGUUAAGAUUUGUUUCAUCUUUUUUCUCUCCCUUUCUCUCUC